CUGCUGAAAAGUGCGUAGGUAUUCUUCUUUAGCGGUUCGACUUCCUCCAAGGGACUCCGAAAAUGACAGUCGGCGGAGGCGCUUUCAGUUCACUCAAGUUCUCCUCCCUCAUCUCCUGGAAAUCUACAGGUAAGUUGCAGCAAACAGUAGCCAACUGUAUAGAGAGAACUGGACCAGCACUUCACUCGGGCAAGCUCUCAACCGUCAAAAUAGUUCCAGAGUCUGCCCGUACCGGCCGGUAUUUCGUUUUCAGGUCGAAUAUUGUUCGCGCAUCGAUUGAUCACGCUGUGAAAGAGACUCCUCUAUGUACUACGCUGUCUAAAGAUGGGUAUACAAUUCGAACAGUCGAGCAUUUGCUCUCGGCUCUGGAGGCCACUGGCGUUGAUAAUUGUCGCAUUGAAAUUGAAAGCUGUGACCCCUGUGAUCGAUCGGUGGAGGUUCCUGUUUUUGAUGGGUCAGCAAGAGAAUGGGUGGAGGCAGUUGAUCAAGUUGGAUUAAAUGUGGCCAUAGAUUGUGGUGGUAACAGCUGUGAAAAAUUGGCACCUUUUCUAAACGAACCCGUUCAUGUGCGAAAAAAUGAUUCUUUUAUUGUGGCAUUCCCUCAUUCAAAAGUCAACAUCACAUAUGGCAUUGAUUUCCCACAGGCACCAGCUAUUGGCCGUCAGUGGUUCUCUUCCACCCUGUUGGAUGAAUCUUUCUACUCAAAGCAAAUAGCUUCUUCAAGAACGUUUUGCAUUUACGAAGAGGUGGAACAUAUGCGAAACUCAGGACUUAUUAAAGGGGGUUCAACAGAAACUGCCAUAAUCUGUAGUGCCACUAGAGGCUGGUUGAAUCCACCGUUACGUUAUGGUGAUGAGGCUUGUAGACACAAAGUUUUAGAUCUUAUUGGCGAUCUUUCCCUUUUUGCAAAGGAUGGCAGUCAAGGGCUUCUGGUGGCACACAUUGUAACUUAUAAGAAUCACUUACGAGAAGCUGUAGCAUUGCUUUUUCUAAAGGUGUACAUUUGGGUAAAUUAUAUGUACAAGCAGUUACACAUAUGGGUGGACAUUCAUUGCACACGGAGUUUGUUCGUUGCCUAUCAGGAAUCAAUAAAAAGGAUGGUACUUAGCUGAGCAAAAAAAACUAAGCUUCGGUUUUUCAUUCCGUCGCUUAUCAAGAAGCUCAAAGCUUGAAAAUGGAAUUUUUAUGUCACAGAACUACUUAUAUGAGGAGUAUAGAAAUGUGGCUAGUUUUAAAAUUUGUCGAGGAAGAUAUCUGUUGCCUCCUACAUUCUAUAACAUCCUUUUUAACUUUGUACAUUGGCCAAAAAUAUGACAUAAUUGCUGUGUAUCUAAUAAAAUAUUCCUUGUGUCAUUAUUUA